ACAAUAUCAGUCGAAGACUUGGCUCGCACAGUGUGCGCGGACGCCGAUACAAACGCGCGCGCUUUCGCUUUCCCUCGGUUUCACUUCCACGUUUAAAGUGUGACAAUUGUUUUAAUUAGAUCGUGAAUAAAAUACGACGGGUUAUAAAAGACAAAAUGGAUUUACAAAAUAAUAACAAGUUUCCCUUAGAAAUUAGGGAUGUAGAGCCCAAGUUGGGUGCGGAAUUAAUGAAGUAUUUUACAGGCGAGCACACCGGUUUCGUGCGAGUGGGCCCGAAAGGCUACUUUCUCCCGGACAAGUACAAGCAAGAGGCGCUGAACAUCUACACCAUGGAGGUGCGCCCCAGUGACAUCUUCGUGGCCAGUUACCCCCGAUCAGGUACCACUUGGACGCAAGAACUGGUCUGGAUGGUUGCAAACGAUUUGGACUAUGAGAAAUCCAACGCGAUUCCCCUCACCGAGAGAUACCCGUUUCUAGAGUUCUCAAUAUUUGUCCACCCAGUGAUGAAAGCGCGUUUCCACGAAGAAAACAGCCACAGUCCUGAGAAGCUGCGCCUACUGGAGCUUGUCUCCCAACCUGGAACAGAACAAUUGGCGGAAAACACCUCGCAGCGCUUCAUCAAGACUCAUUUACCGAUAUCCCUACUCCCCCCCACGCUGUUAGACAAGGGUCGGAUGGUGUAUGUCGCCCGUGACCCGCGCGAUGUCGCUGUGUCGUUUUACCAUCUGAACAGGCUGAUCAGAACACAGGGAUAUGUCGGGGACUUCAAAAUGUAUUGGAAUUUCUUCAUCAAUGACUUGCACCAUUGGACGCCAUACUUCGAACACCUUAAAGAAGCGUGGCAGAAGAGGCAUCAUCCUCGCAUGUUGUUUUUGUUCUAUGAAGAGCUCACUAAGGAUUUACCAGCGGCCGUCCGUCGCGUCGCUGCUUUCCUCGACAAGCAGUACUCUGACGAAGAGAUAGCUAAGCUCUGCGAGCACCUGAGCAUCGACAGCUUCAAGAAUAACAAGUCCGUUAACUAUGACGUCAUGAAGGAGCUUGGCAUUCUCAUACCGGGAGAGCAAGGGUUCAUUCGGAAAGGUAAGGCUGGCGGCUGGCGCGACUACUUCGACGAGGAAAUGACGCAGCAGGCAGAUCGUUGGAUCGCCGACAACCUCAAGGAUUCUGACUUUCGUUUCCCGCAUUUCUCUAUUUAGACAAUACCUAUCCAUGUGAUGUUAAUUAAGUGAUAACUGAUAUUGAUAAACUAAGUGUACCUAGUUAAUACAAAGGAAUAGUGUUGUAAAUAGUUUGGUAAGAAAAAGGCUUGUAAGAGGAUGUAUAAUCAUUUAUUCGAAUAAAAUGUUCUAUUUUAGUUAUUUCUUUGUAACACCAUGAUUAUUUAAGUUUACAUAAUAUGUAAGUACAGUAGCAAUUAAACAACAUCUAAUCCUUAAGCCUCGCGUAAAAAACAACCGCAUCACUAGAAUUUUCAUAAAUAAAACAAUGUCUCAGUCCUUC